AUGAUGACGCCAGUAAGAGAUUCUUUUCGUGUAGAGUUGGAGGGGGGAGGAGAGGAGGCCCCCCUACUUAGACAAAGCAGAGGCCUUUGCCCUGACGAUGGAAACUGUCUUCAGCGUUUUUUUGCGUUUUUGCUGCGCUGUCUCUGCAACUUCGACACGCUGCAUAAAGAGAGGGUUGUUCAUUUGUCUGGGCGGUCUUCUCCUAAGCACUUUACGAGCAAUGCCAUCAAGAACACCAAAUAUUCAUUCUUUACAUUUCUCCCUGUGGUCCUCUUCCAGCAAUUCAGGUGCAGCAGCAGCAGCAGCAGCAGCAACAGCAGCAGCAGCAGCAACAGCAGCGGCUGGUCUAGCAGCAGCAGCAGCAGCAGCCGCCGGUCUAGCAGCAACAACAGCAGUGCAAUAGCAGCAGAUAGAAGCAGCAGCAGUUUGUUUUAG